AUGUAUUCUCAUUCAACUCUUGUUCGAUGUAUUCCUUUAUUAGGAUAUUUAACCGUUUUCCUGUUGGCAGCUGUAACCAUAAGUUUGAAGUAUGAAGCAGCAAAAGAACAUAAGCUAGCUUAUGAGAAGUAUGAAGUUUAUGUCACUUCCGCCUACUACUACAACAGGUCGAAGAGCCUGGGAGACGCUUCGGUCGCUCUUAUUUUAGUGGCAGAUUUUGAGUUCGUCGAAUCAAUUGAGAAAAUCAAUAUAAUAGGAGAAAACAGUACCGGAACUGUUAUUCAGACAGCUCAGCUACAUAGUAUUCCUCCUCACAAGGUAUGUCGUUGGGUUCCAAUUUUCGUGACGACUCCUCUUCUUCACAAUUUGAAACAUCUAUCGGUCGAUUUGGGCAUAUCUCGAGUUCAAAUUCCUUUCCAAUUGGCUAUUACUAAAAAACACAACGUUGUAACUUGCAUAGCACCACUAUUUGCAAAUGAGAACUGGCAAUUAGCUUUGAUUUCAAUCCAUACCUAUAAACACUAUGGAUCCCACCUACAUAUCUAUAUAAGAAGUAUGAUAUCACCUCUCUUUGAUCUACUGCGUAUAUACGAGAAGGAAGGCUUCAUCACAAUAGAUCCGUGGCUGCGAAUCAAGUUGUCCACAAUCUCUCAAAAAAGAUUCAACCCCAAUCUAAAUGUAGAGUUCCGAAAUCAAGCUGGAGCGCAGACUGACUGUCUUUUAAAAUAUAAAGAGUCCGCCGAUUUCAUAUCUUUCAUGGACCUUGAUGAUAUUUUGAUUCCUCGACUAGGAUCAAAUUAUUUUGAAGAAUUUACUUCUCUAUUCAACUCCGCUCCUUAUGCGUCUUUCAUACAUUAUGUGAAAGAGAACGUAGAAGUUGAUGCUCAGAAAUAUGCCCAAGAUUUCAAUUUGUAUCAAAUGCUCUCCAGCAUACGUUAUAGUCAACAAACGGAAACUGGAAAAAUGGUGACCAAGCCUGAAUACAUUAACUACACUUGGAUUCAUUGGCCUGAUAACGGUCUCAUGCCCAACUACAAGGUACCUAGCGAUAUCAACUCUAUCACUCAUCUAAAAAAAAUAAACUUGGGCAUGUUUUCGGAAAAUGGAGGCACAGUGGAACUACCAUAUUAUGAACCUUCAAGUGGGUAUAGGUUGUACCCUACUCACCUCUUGGAGGAAAAAGAUCGCUUGACAAUCGAACAGGAAUUCCAGAGAAUUAAGAACUUGACCAUAGAUAUGAACAUUUUUGAAGAAUUACCUCCAACUUUCUUCUAUUCCCCCUUGAUAGCAGAUUGUUACGAGAGAACGUUCUACUCUUUGCAUAAUCAAGGUUUACAUUACCGUAUGAAAUGUCCCGGGCCGGAAAGAUGUUACUUCCCUGAAUCGCCUGGAUUAGAAUGUCAGAACGCUGAAUCGAUAUAUAGUUCAGCAGACGGCGAGUUAUAUAAUAUUCAUUAUCAUCAAAGAGAUCAUUUCGAAUUAGAGGACGGGUGUAGUCGAUGA